AUGAAAAGAUUUAGAAAACAGGGGUCUUAGCAAAGCGUAAGAAGCAGUGUUAAAAGUGAAUCACCUAGAAUGUUGACAGAAACUUCCAUGUUUCUACCAACUUAAAGAAUCAAGCGAUACCAGUAACUCAUUAAAAGAAAUAGAGAAAUAUUAAGUCAAAGAAAGUAUCUGAAUAUAUAAGAUCAAGUUAUUCAAAAAGAUAAAUUGCCAAAGGAGAGAGUAAUUGGAUAAUACUUGAGAAAGUUGUUGAGUCAAAGAUCUCUGAAGUUGAAUUAACCAAAUAUAUAUUAAGCCUAAGCAGAUUCAAGGGACUAAUAAGAUUCAAUCUCAAUCUAGUCUUUGAAAAAACAGAAAAGCCAGAAGUUCAAUUCUCAAUAAGACUUAAUGAAUUUUGAAAAUGGCAUGAAAGUAUCAAUGAAUAUACAAAUGUCUCCUAUUUUGGAGUUAGAUCAUUAAACCACAAAAAAUGAGAACAUACUUUCAUGUGAAGAUAAUGAAAUCUAAAGCUCAACAAUAUCUUUUAAAUACUCUACCAAUAGUUUCAAAACAGACAGUUCAUUUGACAAAUAUCUUAAAGAUGAUGCUAUAGUUUUAGAUGAGUAAACAGAAAAGCAACAGCUAUUAGAGUUGAGAAGGAGAAAUAUUUAGAUUAAAAGAGAAGAAUAAAAGUUCAUAAAGUUGAAUCAGAAUGUCAAUAUAAUCAUGAAUAUAAAGCCUAUUAGUUAAAAACCCAAGAUAUCGUUUGAAAAAUUGGUUGAAAAUGCUAAGAUAGAGGAUAUUAAGCUCAAGGAGGAGAGGUAAAGAUUAGUUAAUGAGAAGUUUAGACAUUAGUUGAUUAAGAAUGCAUUUAGAAUAAAUCAAAGAAACAUUAAAAUUGAAUAGCUUCUGAAAAAUGUGUUUGCUGAUGAUGCUGAUUAGAAUAAUUUAGAAGAUAAUGAUUAAAAUCAUGCUCUUGAAGAUAUUUAGACAGAAGAAUAGAAUUAAAAGAAGAAAUAAAAAUUCAAGAAAAUUAAAUUCAAAAAGGUAAUGAGCAAGAGUAGAUCUGAAAGACUGAAAUUGAUUUAUUCUUAAUAUGAUCAUUGGUGUACCAAGUGA